AUGGCUAGUGAGGAGAGUUUUGUUGUUUUGGUGCACCACAGAGGAUCUGUUAAUAGAAAAACUCGUUCCGGAGUAAAGUUCACAGAUAAGAAUCCUCUAUGUAUUGUCAUAACAUCUACGACGAGUUACGAUGACCUUGUUAGCGCUGUACUAAUGAAGCUUGGUCUGGAGGGUGCGAAGCGGGUAAAGAAGUUUUUCUAUCGCAUUCCAGUCACGGUGCUACAGAAUACGGUGAAGUAUGAUUGCUUCACGAUUAAUAAUGAUGCGGACUUGCAAGUAAUGUUUCUCUGUCGGCGGCAGUUUCCGGAGGUGAGGACACCGGAGUUGUUGGCCCGGCUGGUUGAUGUUGUAUCCAGCUCCGGCGGUUCGAACAGGAAUAUGAACACUAUAGCGAAUGCAGCAGGUUCUAGUUCCCGGCCUGCCGUUGCUUCCUCGUCCGUCCCUGUGUACGAACCAGUGGUCCAACAUGUCGCCUCUCCAUCUUUCGCUGUUGACCUCAAUGCCACCGAAGGCGACGAGGUAGUGGAAAGGGAAAAUUUGCCGAACGCUUUAGUGGGAGUUGCACCUGUUGGCGUAGGAGACGGUUUUUUGGACGAUGAAGACGAGGAUGACGUCGAGCCGGAUAUGAUUGACGAUGAUAGCGCUGAUGAUAUUGGAGCGACUGGGCCUGCAUUGGAGGUAGGUGGUUCUAGCUCUGGCACACAGCAGUAUCCACCACAUUUUUCCUCAUUGGACUUGGACGCCAUGAGACAUGAGGGGGUUUUAGGGCACGCUGUUGGAUUCGGAGCUAGAGAUGCGGAAGGGAGUACUGGUCUGACAGAGUUCCAGGUUGGUCAGCAAUUCCAGGAUAAAGAUGAGGCCCUUUUAAGUGUGAAGACUUACAGCAUCCGGCGAGGGGUACAGUACAAGGUGGUGGAGUCCGAUCACCGCCGUAUGUGGGCAAGUGUCCGAGUUUGGGAAUGGGUGCACAUGGUUGAUUCGACUGAGUCUCCGGAAGCGCAAGGGCAUCUGGGAGGUCAAACGGUACAUGGACCUCACACUUGCCUGGCCACAUCCAUCUCUAGUGACCACAGGAGUUUGGAUUAUCAUGUGAUUUCGGCUUUCAUUAUGCCAAUGGUUAGGCCGAUGCAUCCGUGA